AUGGCAUCUUCUCCCUUGGCGAUUCCCGUCAAACUUGACGCCUUCAUCUUCAACCCGGAUACAUGCAAUGGAACCGAGAUAAACCAAGCCAAAAUCUCGCCAUUGACGCAGCCCAACUACAGCUACCUGCAGAUCAAGAACUUCAUGCUCCAAAACGAUGUGUUGCAUCCCAUCGAGCUCCAUGCCGCGGCCCCAGCCACCCGCAACUCGCGAAUCACCGACCUCGCAACGGGCAAGACUCGCCAAGAGAGGCUGGGUGUCUAUCUGCAUUGGAUGAUUCCUCGGCCUUACCGUACGGGUGCGGCGGCUACGGGGCAGGAUUCGAACCAAAGUCGCGCUCAGCGUGGGCUGUUUACGUCAAAUGUCGCCACGGACAAGGAGGACUUGGCAACGCCUCUGUUUCCCGAGACUCCGAACCGCUGGCUUGUCAUCCGCAAAAUUGUUGGCAACGUCGAGCCGCCGGAAGCUGAAGCUAGUCUCGAACCGGUCACUGCCUGGGUGAUUGAGAGCGAUUGGAUGAGAUCCAUUGACGAGAUGGACGACACGGACGACACCAAGUACGACCUGCAGGUGGAUGUGUCACCGUAUCUGCAGACGGGAUCGACUGAGGAGCCGACCAUCAACGAGCAAGCUGAAGUCUUUAUUGGUGGACGAAUCAAAGCAAAGGAGUGGAAUGAGAGCACAAGCCAAGCCAAGAAGCGCAUCUCCCUGGGUGUUCUGAACUCGAGCAACCAAUUGUUCCCCGACUACAUGCCCCAUAACAGCAACGUCUUUUCGAUGCUAGACAGCUUCGAGUAUGCACCGUCAAAGUACGCUACUCGCGCCGUGGCCGACUACUACGUGCUUGGAUGGCAUGUCAACCCCGAGGAUGAUCUCAUGCACCUCAGUGACCACUCAACAAGCACUAGAGGUGAUCGUUUGCAAGCCCUCUCCAUGGCUCUCAACAAGUCCGACGGCCCUGUUCCAGACGAUGUGACCGAAUGGCUAAAGUCGACCGAAAGUGGCCGCAUACUCUGUCAUGGCGCCAUGUACGGCGUCCGCUGGAACCUGAAAUGGGACGAGAACAGCCGGCCUCGCGUCAUCGCCGAUGAGGUUGCUGACCAGCUACACAUGCAAACGCCCAUCUCAGUCGGGACGACGCCUCUGGACUCGCUUCUCUCCUAUGUGGCCGCUCACCAAAACGGGCCUAUCGAGGAGCUGCUGAAUAACUUGAGCGCCUUGCUUCAGGCCCAGAGCGAGAGCAUCGAGAACCGUCGGGCGGGGGCCGAAGAGGUGCAGAACUACAACUUUGCCAAGUUUGCAGGGGGCUCGCGAUAUGUGUUCCAGAUUGAUCCAAAGAAUCCUGCCGCGCCGCCCUCUGACGAAGCAGCUGCUCUUUUGAAGAAGCUGAACGAGAGCCAAGUCUUGUACGAUGCUUCGGCUCGACAGCUUUCCCGCCUCCAGUGGAAGCAUUUUGCUCUUUGGUGGCGAUAUGUGACAGAUACUGAGCGGAACCACAGCGCUGCUAUGAGACAAUACAAGCGGGAGGUCCAGGACCUCGAUUGGGAUUGGCAGCGGUUGGUUGCCUCUCUCAACAGCCAGACAAACGCCAUUAGCACUGCCAAAGACGAAAUUAAGAAAAAGCUCAAGCUGGAGCUCAAAGAGGCCGUUGCUCCAGUAUUCAGUCAACAAAGGGACCCGACAAUCUUUGUCGGAGGAGUGGAGGCUGGCUGGCCUACCGACUAUCUCGAAAAGCUACUGGUGCGGCUGCAGUCACAGAUUGAGAAGCACACACCUCCACCACCAGACGAAGAGGCCGAUUAUGGACUUCAGUGUAUCCCGGAUGCUCUACAAGGAAUGGCCAAGUCAUUGCUUGGCGAGUUCCUGCACUAUGAAAAAGAGCGUCUGGUGGAGGAGUCGAGCAGUGCCGCCAAGUGUCAAUGCAAGUCAUGUACAUGUGCUUGCGCAGCCAAUAGGAAGUUUCUGAUCAAGGAGGAGACGAAAGAGGAGGAGAAGGGAGAGGGAAAUGAGGAGAUGGACAAGAACGUCUUCCCGCCGCUUUACCACGACGAGGACGGACGUGAUCUCUGGAAGAAUACUCAGCCGUGGUUUCCGCUCUUCAUGGAGUGGGAGGCUGAGUACUAUCACAUCGACUAUGACAAGUGGGAUAUGGAGGAGCGCGCCACCAGGUCGACGCACGACAAAAAGUUCCGCUACACUGUGAAGCAGGACGACAAGCCGCUGUGGGAGUCCAAGAACGAUGAUCGAAGGACGAUAUCGGGCCGGAUUCUGCUGCUCCCCCAGCCCGUCUUCUCGCUGGUGGGCCAGGUUGAGCGGCUCUUCACGACCGUUCCCGAAGACGAGCUUUCCCCAAUAUUGCCAAAGGACAAACGUGACCAGGUUCUGAAAGACCUCAAGAAGCUACCAUUCGUCUCUGCCCCCCUGGAUGGCUUUGCCAACCACCUCCUAACCCUGACCGAAGGCAGCCACCUGAAGCCCAACGUGCGGUAUCCCGGACAGAAGCCGGUGCCGAUGAAGGACGCCUAUGAAGACACUGUCGUCAUCGGACUGGGGGCGGUCGAGCUUGAACGGAUGGGCGUCGAGACAGACCUCACCCCCUACUGUUCGCUUGUGAGAGUGGGCACGACGCCGUAUUCCGUCUUCAAGCCUGCCGUCCACGGCCAGUUCAAGCUGACCAAGCUCAACAUCAUCGACAAGUUUGGACAAGCGGCUGCUGCAAUUGAUCCCAAGCGACGCCAUGACGGCCCGCCUCCCAUCUACCCUUGUAUCAGCGAGUACUACGAACCGCAGAUCUACGACAAGAAUGGUUACCCCAACGUCGUGGAGAAGCCGAAGAACAAGGGUGACUGUCAGUUUAUGCAGGUUCCUCCCAGCAUCAACCAGCCAGCCCGGCUGAACAUGGACUUUGUCAAGCUUGACCAGCAUGACGGCGAGUAUCACUGGAGGCCAAUCACAGAGUGGGAGAACCCCAUCUGGGGCUGGGUGCUGGUCAACUAUGUCGACUUUGGCAUCCAGUUCUUCCUCCAUGACGGCACCUUUUACCGCGAAGUCCGACUGGCUGCUCCCAACAAUCCCAACGAGGGCACGCAAGCCACGGACAAGUGGCUCCCCUUCAAGCCCCCCGUGGACCCUCAGGAGAUUCGACAGCUGGACCACUUGAUCGAGCAGUUCUCGGGCGAGGGCGGGCGAGACUACCUCAACGGCUUCAUGGACAUGGCCACGCAAGCCACGCGGAAUGCUAGCACCGUCCCGGGCGCUUAUGCACAAUGCGUCAACUCGUUGAUUGGACGGCCACUGGCUCUGGUGAAUGCAGGCAUCUCGCUCGAGCUCUCGGCAGAUGCCCGUACCAACCAGUCAACCGUCGGUGAUCAGCCGUCGAAGCGGCCCCCAUACACCCUCCUGCCAGACUCGCACCCUGACACGAAGCAGUAUGAGUUCUCCGUCAAGCUUGGAGAUGCCGCUCGGCCUCACGACGGACUGGUGGCGUACUUCCGGGCUCGAGACAAGCCACUUCCCGAGGACGAGCUGAAGCUGGAUCAGCUGUUUACCUCGUUCAAGCCUGGCAGUCCUCACGAUAAGUCGGACCGGAUCAAGCCCAUCGACACAGAAACAUUUCUCAAGCUCAAGCCGUUCUGGCUCAACCCCAAUGAUUACAAUACCAAACAGGGGCCCCAGAGAAAAGACUUGGAGGAUGUAGAGGAGGAAGAGGAGGAGAGCAAAUACACCCCACAGGAAAAGUUCAUCAUUGACCACAACAAGAAGCUGACAGUUGUCGGCCUCCUCAUGGAUCCGUUCACACCCGUGAAUGCCUACUCCAGCAUUCUGCCCGUCGAGCCUCUGGCGCUAUCGACCUGGACAUGGGAGUCAGCUCUGAAGAACAUGACGGCCUUUUUCCACUUUGGGCCGCUAAUGGUAGAAAAGGACGUCCCGGUAUACAACCCAGAACGCAUCCUUCUGCCCAAUUACGACCUGGAGCAGCUCAAGGAGCAGAAGAUCGAGAUCAAGCUGCCUUCCCUGGCUGUGGCGGACUGGAGCUGGCUGCAACCGUACUUGGACCCGGAGGCGACCAGGCAAGAGAGCGACGAGGAUGGGGAGGUGACGGACGAGGUGUACAUGGCUCUGCGCCUUGGCAAGAUAGAUCCCGUUCCGCAGUUUGCGCCGGGUCCUCUGACGGCUCUUGAAGGAUUCCUGCAGAUGGUUCAUCCUAUCACGGCCCCGGAUGUUGGAGAUGACAAGACUCAAGCUCGCUAG